AAAUGACGACAAAUGCUAUGGAAAUCGUAAAGACAAUCCCUACCGAAACUAUCGUUUUAACGGUAUAUACAGCUGAAGGAAAAAAGCAAACGAAGAAUGAAAUUAAAGAAAAAUCAUAUAGAGACAAAAUACUAGAAAUUGUUGAGAAAGUAGUAGAAAGGAACGAUAAUCCUUGCGCAACAUACGUCAUCGAGGAAUUUAGCGACAAAGCUACUUUUAGCAGAUUGCUAUCGGAGGCAGAAGUUAUUUGUGAAUUAGAAAAGAUUUUUCAUGAUGUGAAAUCUGCUGUCAACAUUAGCAUUGCAAACGCAAUUGAAUCAUUUCGCAGAAUUCCAUGGGCAUCGCAAAUUACAAACAUAUUGUUUGUUCCGGAUGAGACCAUGUACAGAAACCAGAAAAUGUUCAGAGAUGAUAUGAAGUCGGCGAAAGAUUUAUUAAAACGAAUGGCAACCGAGAAUCUAAUCAGUGCACCUCGUAUUAUCAUCGGUAAUUCGAUGUGUUUCCGCGAUAUUGAUAGAUCCGUGAGCGUGUAUUCCUCAGAUAUGAGCGUUAAUGAAUUAACAAAUGCUAUUCUACGCGCGUUAAAAGCAAAAGAAUUUACGAUGUCAGAAGGCUUGUUCACUUCAAUAACUUCAAUUAACGAAGAUGAAAUGGCACUCUCCAAUACUUCAAAAACUCACUCGACACGUCCCUGGAUUAAGAGUACUGCUCAAGAAAAACAAAUGUCAACAUUAGACAUCGAAAAUAUUGAUUCAACCACAACUUCAUUCGAUCUACCAAUGACAGUAACUGGAUCUGCAGAAUGUGCACCACCAAAAACAUUUGUAAGUUAUUCGACUGCAGAAUCUGAAGUAGUUAACUCUACCUCGACGAUAAGUCAUACGGAUAGUCAAUUUCAAAAUCAGAAUCAGAAGGUACAAACAAGUUUUUAUCACAUAAAAGUAUUAAAGAAACAUUGA